AUGUUCUUAAUAACGGCACCUAUCUCCAAAGUCAGCUCGGCCCGGCCAGUGGCCCAGCUUGGGAGAGUUCUGGCGCCUCUUCAUCAUGCCAGAAAUGCCAUUCUCGAACAUCAGAUCGCCCUCUCGAUGGCAUUGAUGACCUGUCCUUCUAAGUCAGGGAAGCCCACACGACCUUUCGUAUCGACAAAUGUGGCUCACUCCCGUGGCAUCUUUCCCGUGGAGCAGACAAGGAUCUGUCAAAAUCCGUCGGCUGCCUCCGCACGUUCCUUCUCAACAACACGCAUAGCUUGCCUCCGUGACUUCUUUCCUGCCCAUGAGACCAAGUUCAUCCGUCAGACGCCAGCAGCUUGGUCUCACCGUGGCUACACUGAGGAGGAAAUGCUGAGUGUUGUCCCGGCACAUCGAGAACCAAAGACUCUGGGUGACCGGUUCGCCUGGAAGUUGAUCAGGAUAUGUCGAUGGUGCAUGGAUUUCGCAACUGGCCUUCGACCGGAACAACAGGUCGACAAAAAGAAACCUACUACAGAGGUCGUGGCUAGCAAGCCGUUGACAGAAGCACAAUGGCUAGUGCGGUUCGUGUUCCUCGAGUCCAUUGCCGGCGUUCCUGGCAUGGUUGCGGGAAUGUUGCGGCACCUUCGUUCUCUCCGUCGUCUGAAGCGCGACAACGGCUGGAUCGAGACACUUUUAGAGGAAUCGUAUAAUGAACGAAUGCAUCUUCUGACGUUUAUGAAGAUGUGCGAGCCCGGGUGGUUCAUGAAGUUCAUGAUCGUGGGCGCGCAGGGCGUGUUCUUUAACGCACUGUUCGCCUCGUACCUCGUUUCACCAAAGAUCUGCCACCGCUUUGUUGGCUACCUUGAAGAGGAAGCCGUACACACUUAUACAAGAUGCAUUCGCGAGAUAGACGAGGGGCUGCUGACAAAAUGGAGUGAUAAGAAAUUCACCAUCCCUGAUUUGGCGGUGGGCUACUGGAAAAUACCCGAGGGGAAGAGGACGAUGAAGGAUUUGAUUCUCUACAUCAGAGCCGACGAGGCCGUUCACAGAGGAGUGAAUCACACGCUUAGUAACCUGAACUAUAGGGAAGACCCAAAUCCUUUCGUGAGCGACUACAAGGUCGGCAUGGACAGCCAUAAGCCUGAUGCAGUGCGUAAGGCGACAGGAUAUGAACGGGAGGAGGUGAUUGGGUGA